AUGGCACUUAAGUUGGCAGGCUUCUCAAAGCAACCAUGCUGCAGCCGCCCUCAAAACCUUUCAACACUCCUUGAAUUGCACGUCUCUCCCUCUCCCUCCCUUUCUCUACAUACAAAUACACACACGCAUACAACCCCUAUAAAUACUACUAAGAAACCACGUGAAGCAAGCACCCGUGCUCUCAUCUUCCUUCCUCACAGCCUUCCAUCUUCCUCUACUCUAUCUACUCCAGCAUAUAUGGGUGGAUCUACUAACCUUCCUCCUGGUUUCCACUUCUUCCCCUCCGACGAAGAACUCGUCAUCCAUUUCCUCCGGCGCAAGGCGGCUCUCCUCCCAUGCCGACCUGACAUCGUCCCUACACUGCCUCAGAAUCGCUACGAUCCAUGGGAGCUGAAUGGCAAAGCACUUCAAGCAGGGAACCAGUGGUACUUCUUUAGCCAAGCAACACAGAGUAGGGCCUCACGAAAUGGGUGCUGGAAUCCCGUCGGUGCCGAUGAGGCAGUAAGUAGUGGCGGCUCUCAUGUCGGCCUGAAGAAGACACUCGUCUUCUCCAUUGGGGAGCCCUUUCAGGCGACCAAAACCAACUGGGUUAUGCAUGAGUACCACUUACUUGACGGGAAUGUGGGUGCCAGCACUUCAGGUAGUUCACGCAAGCGGUCUCACAAGAAGAAAGGCCAACCAGACAAAGAAUGCAGCAAUUGGGUGGUGUGUCGGGUGUUCGAGUCGAGCUACGAUUCGCAAGUGACCUUCCACGAGGAGGACAUGGAGCUUUCAUGCUUAGACGAGGUGUUCCUAUCCCUGGAUGACUAUGAUGAAGUCAGUUUGCCGAAGAAUUAG